CCGACAUGCGCUCAUGUGGUAGCACAAGUUCAACAAACCCGGACUCAGACACAUCUCGUGAGAUGCUCCAGCUUGGAUCUUAGGGACUGAAGGGCGACCCCUGACAGGACCGUCCCGCCGCAGAGCCCACACUGUUCCGCGGACAGUGACGAGCAGCCAGCCCGCCUACCCCGGAUCUACAGGAAGAAGACGCCACAAUGUCAGUGAGGAGGGACCGGAAAAAGUCUGUCUUCCUUUCAUCUUUAUUGGUGUGUUGUAUGUUUGCCAGUGCAGAGUACUCCAGCUGCGGAGAAUAUGAGUUUUUCAACCAGACCAGUAACAGCUGCCAGGCGUGUCCACAGUGCCAGCCAGGACAAGAGCCGCAUAUGACGUGUGGAUACGGUGUAAAGGAUGAGGACUUCACAUGUGUGCCGUGUCCCCAGGGGAAAUACUCCAAAGGGAAGUAUGAGAUCUGCAGACGCCACAAGGACUGUGACGCCCUCUACAGAGCGACUGUGCUCAUAGCAGGCACCCCCGAGAGUGAUGCAGAGUGUGGCCCCUGUUUGCCUGGGUAUUACAUGUUGGAGAAUAGACCCCGAAACCUGUAUGGGAUGGUGUGUCACUCCUGCCAAAAUGCACCAGCCAACACCAAAGAAUGUAGAAACAAAGCACCUGCACCCCCUCCAGCUGAUCCAGGGAGCACCACCAUGUUCCCCUCUCGUCAUAAAGAGCCUACAGCACAGGGUCACCUAGCGACAGCCCUGAUCAUCGCCAUGUCGACCAUCUUCAUCAUGGCUAUUGCCAUCGUCCUCAUCAUCAUGUUCUACAUCCUGAAGGCCAAACCCAAUGGGCAUGCAUGUUGCUCCGGACAAGUGGUGAAGACCGUGGAGGCUCAGACAAGCAAACAGGAAGACAAGAAAGACGUCCCCGAUAACGUUGUGAUCUAUGCAGAGAAGGAUGAAUUUGACAAAUUGAAAGCCCCUCCCCAAAAGACCGUAAAAAGUGAAAAUGACGCCUCUUCUGAAAACGAGCAGCUCUUGGGUCGCAGCAUUGACAGUGAUGAGGAGGCGGCUUUGGACAAACAGGGUUCAGCAGACUCCAAUAACCUCACCACCAACCUGUGCCUGGUGAAUGUGGGCAACAAGCCGGACCUAUGCCUCCUGUCUCUGGGUCUCCUGGAGCAUGAGCGUGUGUGUAACGGGACCACCAGUCCCGUCAGCUCUGUCCCCAGUCCCAACCACUUGAGUAACCACAACCACAUCAGCAGCAUGAACGCCCUCAACAACAAUAACAAAACGCCAGGGAUGCUGCAGAGUCGAAGAAAAAAGAUUCUGGACCUGUAUGCCAGAGCCUGCAGUAUGACAGAAGGCCUGAGUCCCACUGAGCUUCCCUUCGACUGUCUGGAGAAGGCGAGUCGCAUGCUGAGCUCCUCUUACAGCAGUGAGGCGGCUGUUGUAAAGACGUGGAGGCAUUUGGCUGAGAGUUUUGGCUUGAAGCGGGAUGAGAUCGGGGGAAUGAGCGAUGGGCUGCAGCUGUUUGAACGUGUAAGCACCGCAGGCUACAGCAUCCCUGACCUGCUCACCCGCCUGGUGCAGAUAGAGAGGCUGGAUGCAGUGGAGUCCCUGUGUGCAGAUGUGUUGUGCAGCUCCGAACUAACUCUAACGACAAACGCUAAUGGGAGGAGCUUUCACAGUCAGCUGGUGUGCACCUCCCCCUGCUCCUCACCCUCUCAGCGCUGUGCCAGUGUCUAAGUUUAUGGGACAGUCCAAAAGAGACUGAUCAGACUGCAUAAACUGUAAAGACUAUAAGCAUAGAGACUGAGCUAACAGCAUGUGACUAUCAAGUACAUGAAGAAUAUCAUAGAACAAUCAUACAACCAUUACUGCAAUACUGGAAUUUUACCUUCACAAGUGAAGUAGACAACAUGAGAGAUUACUCUAACUUGACCAAAGACCUUAUAAUAAGCUCAAUCAAGUAUUUUUAUUGUGGAAAACCAUUUAUAGAAAUCCAUAGUUUUUUAUGCACAUUUGUGAUGAUAAAAAUGAUUUAGUAUUUGAUAACAUUUUAUGUGCUGGUCACAAAGCAAUAGCACAAAAUAGAAGAUAUCAUGAGAAAAGUAUCAAGUAGAAAAGAGGGCCCCAUUUUGCAUCACAAUGAAUCCAUUACUAGAUGUUUGUGCAAAACUGAACAUUCAGACACAGGGGAGAUUGAGCUAUCUUCUUAAAAUGCAAUCAUGACACCAGCUGGAAAUGCUUAAAUAUUCUGCAUCUCGUAAUAUCAUGCAAAUUUAGACUAAAAGCCACAAAACCUGGUCAACCAAGACUAACCUUUUCUAUUAAUACACUGCUAAUACUUCCUGUGUCCUGACCCUAUAAUCUAUGUCUAUGCCCCCCUCCCCUGGUUCCUUCCUCUACCCUCUUUUACCAAAAUCACUGCGGUCUAGUCCCUGCCGCCAGUCCUAAUUAUUUGGCGUGUGGCUGCCCUGGGCUCCUAAUAGGCUGAAGUGUUGUGGUUUACAGAGCUGGUGCAAAGUGCCUGUGAUUUCCAGCACCCAAUUAAGCAUUUAGGACCACUUACCCACCAAAAGCCCAGUGGAAACACUAUAAAAACAGGCUUUAAAAGAUAUGAGAGAGGGGAGGCAUGAGAGACUGCCUGGGGUGGCUGCUACGUGAAUACAACUAGGCAAACAUAAUUCUACAAUCAUAUAAAGCAGUGAACCAAAGCGCUAGGGUGAUGUGUAUCAAGAUCUGUUAAAGGUCUUUUAAGUUGUUAAAGCAAUUUAUAUUUUUCUAUUAUUGUUAAGAAAUUUUCUAGAGUGUGAACAGAUUAUUAUGGAAUGGACUAAAAUCAAAGUUGUGUAUGUGUGCGUAUUCUGUACCGAUUUAAAGUUAGGCAUGGGACUAUAUUGAAAUUUGGUGCCACAAUUAUCAUAGCCAAAAUAAUUGUGACUAAGGUUUAUAUCACGCUAAUUAAACUGUUAUGGAUAUGUAUAAUUAUAGUUUUAAUAUUAUGAAAAGGUCCCAAAUUCAAACUAUAAUAUUGUACUUUGUUACAAGUGAAAACAACAGUGAUCUACAAUAGAACAUCAGGGAUAAGUAGCUUUUUU